CGCCUUCUAAGCUACCAUUCCUCACACACAUACACACACACAGAGUUUAUCCACGUCACUCACCCUUCCCUCCACCCUUCACGUUUUUCAAUCUCAAUUCUCACUUCCCAAGAUCCAAACCACCACCCAAAUUAAUGGCAUAAGUGGAAUAGAAGAAGAGAAGGGGAAGAGUAAUAGAGAACGUGUAAAGUGGGAAAGGGAAUAGAAUUAAAAACUAGGAAUCAAAGGGGACGUUGGCAAGCUGAUUCGCAAACUAGGAAAACUAGUCGAUUUGCAAACUGAUCAGUGUGUGGGUACGUUUUUUCCUUUUUUUUUUUUUGUGAAGAUGUCUCCGCCAAUCUCCGUUUCCGAAGUUCAGGUCGAGAGCUAUGUGUUCCCGCCGGCUAUCAAGGCUCCUGGCUCCAAGGCUACCUUUUUCCUCGCCGGCGCAGGUUCCUAUUAAUUAACUUCACCUUUUUGUUUUUGUUUUUGUUUUUUUUUUAUAAUUUAUGUCUGGUUCUUAAUUAGGGGGAAAAUGAAUGCAGGGGAGAGAGGAAUGGAAAUCGAAGGCAAGUUCAUAAAGUUCACGGCAAUUGGAGUUUACUUGGAGGAGUCUGCCAUCCCCUGGCUGGCUGGCAAGUGGAAUGGGAAGACGGCGAAUGAGUUGAUGGAUUCCGUAGAGUUCUUCAGAGAGAUCGUUACAGGUCCCUUUGAAAAGUUCACUCAGGUAACAAUGAUCUUGCCGUUGACUGGAAAGCAAUACUCAGAGAAGGUCUCAGAAAAUUGCUCUGCAUAUUGGAAAGCAAUUGGUAUCUACAGUGAUGCCGAAGCUAAAGCCAUUGAAAAGUUCCUUGAGGUUUUUAAGGAUGAAUCCUUCCCACCUGGUGCUUCUAUUCUCUUCACUCAAUCUCCACUCGGGUCAUUAACGAUUAGCUUCUCCAAGGAUGGUGUUAUCCCUGAGGUGGGUCAUUCGGUGAUAGAGAAUGUACCAUUAUCAGGAGCAGUGCUGGAGUCCAUCAUCGGGAAGCAAGGCGUGUCACCCGCUGCCCGGAGGAGUGUGGCCGAGCGAUUAUCCGAGUUGCUGAAAGCAUCUGACGGGUCGGCUCAUUGAAGAGGGUUGCUUGCGGUGUGUCCCGAGUCAGUUGAAGAAUUAGCAAAGUUUUCAACUUGUGGUUUAAUUUCUUUAAGCAUAUUCACUCCCAGCUGGAUGGGAGUAUUAAUCAGCUGCUCCAUUAUACAUUAAGCCUCAAAUCUUGAAAUGAUUUCCUUUUGCUGUAACUCCUACUUUUGCUGUCCAGAAAAUAAAAAAGGAUGCUUAAUCGAUUUCAUCAGAAGCUGAUAUUUCUCGUUUCCAUUUCCGCAUCAAUACAACCAAUGAUGCGACCCUGAAGGACCUAUAUCCUGAAAUUAACACCUGCUAAUUAAGCUUUGUCGUGAGAUCAGUCCAAGGAUUGUUUAAUUGGUCUCCUGGAUAACCUGGAUGGUUCAGAGUAUAGCGUGACCGUACUAUUUAUUCGAAAAAUGCCCCUGAGGUCUGGUAGUAUCAUCUUUAUUCCCCCAAAAUGGGCUAGUCCAAAAACUUGUGAAAUGAAGCCCGAUUCAGAAAUCCUUUUCCCCAAUGUUGUUGUUUAAACUUAAUAGUGCUUUGAGUUUUUUCAUUGUUCCACGUUCCAAAUUCGAGGUUUAGAAGCUCCAGUUGUUUUCACAACAUUUCAUAGAAAUUUCGUUAUAUUUUCAAAGCCCUUUUCGCCAGUGUGUAAUCCAGGCUAUCCAGCG